UUUGUAUGUUUUUGGAGGUAACGCAAAUCUUCCUGUUUAAUUUUCUGUUUUGUGUUCCCGCAUGUUACUUGAUUAAGCAAGCAUGUCGACAAAUGCCUUGUUGAACAAAAGACGAGCGCCACAGCUCGAAAAUGACCAGAUGGAGAUAAAGGUGGAAGACGAGUUAGAGUGGUAUCUCACGCUUACGCCACAGGAUUUUGUUAUAAAUAAGGACGACUGCUAUGGCAGAGCAAUUCGUCGUCGUGCCGCAGUGAGACAGCCAAAUCCCCAUUUAGAGACAGCUUAUUCAUCUUCAAAGGACUGUAAGGAGACGAAGCAGGCCUUGGUUAAAGAGGUGAGCUCUAGUAUUUCGUUUCAAUUUAACUGCCAUCACUGCAUCUUCACCGCAAAACGGAAAAAGGCCAUAAUUGAGCAUUUAAAAGUGCAUCGUGCGAUGCCUAAAUUUAAAUGUGAUCGGUGUGACUAUACUUCCAAGUGGAAAGGUAACGUACUCAGACACACGGAGCAGUGGCACGAUUCGAAACAGUUCAAAUGUGCACAGUGUGAUUUCGCUACGGGUCGCAAACAACAAUUCAACAGUCACGUGAGAGAUACUCAUCCGAGAGAAUUUAAAUGUGAACAGUGCAAUUACGUUUCGAAUUCGAGAGAGUGUAUCAUUUCGCACAUAACUGGCACCCAUGGUCCCAGACACUUUAAAUGUGAACUAUGCAAUUACACGGCUAGUCGGAAAUCUAACUUGAUGAGUCACAUUGAAUCGCUGCACGGGUUUGCAUUGUUUAAAUGUGAACGUUGCAAGUUCACCACUAAAUGGAGGGCCAGUCUGAGCAUACAUGUGAGGUCCUGUCACGAUUGGACCGAAUUUAAAUGCCAACAGUGCGAUUUUAACACUAAAGCGAAGGAAAACCUCGUCCAACAUGUGAAAGGACGACACGGUUUCGACGUGUUUAACUGCGAUCUGUGCACCUUCACGGCAAAAAGGCAAAAAUUUCUAAACGCGCACAUGAGGAAACAUCACAGUCCGGAAGUGCUGAAAUGUGAACAGUGCGAUUACACCACGAGCUACCAGCCGUACUUGAACUACCACGUGAAGGGCCGCCACAGUUCGAAGCAAUUCAAGUGUAAACAUUGCAGCUACGUCACAAAGUGGAACACGAACCUCGCCAAGCACGUGCGGUGGAAGCACGGCACGGAUCGUUUUAACUGCGAUCGCUGUGAGUACCACUCCAAAAGCAAGGGGGACCUUAAGCGGCAUUUGAACUCGCGCCAUGGCACCGACGCGAACAAAGUGAAAUGCGAAAUGUGCGAGUUCUCCACGAAAUGGCACAGUAAUUUAAAUAGGCACGUUAAAGUGUGUCGGAAGACGGCGAAAAACAGUUUAAUCGCACAUGUCGGAGAGCACCGUUAAGGAGUCAAGCAGAAAUCAUUUUUUCUGACUUAUGCUACACCCUGUAUACACCUGGUGGAAAUAGAAUUUUUUUUUGUCGUGCGGUUGGUAGCAUUGAUUUGAUUAAUGUUGGCUUUCCGAAUUUCAACUCAUGAAAAAAUAAAUAGGAGAGAAAAGAAAUUAUGAGUCAUGAAUUUAAAAGACUUUCUCAUAAUAAUUUUAAAAUUAUGCCUAAUAAAUUCAGGUUAUGCCGAACGCACAAAGGAUCAAAUGUACGAGAUCUUCGAUGGUCGAACCACUUGCUUUCGUAGACUAAAUGCCACACAUCAAGUGGGUUGCUCAUCUAAGAAAGGCGGGUCGACCGGUAUCAUACAUUACGUGGAGACUUUGUCCGAUCUCAAUUUUAUAAUGGAGAACGGCACCGGUAGCAGCUACAUACCGGUGAUGCCUCUGCAGCUCCUCAAACCGUCGACUUUAAAGCUAAUACUCGACAAGAAUCUGAUCACCGGGAUCGUCUUGUACAACAACUCCGCGUUGGAAAGCUACACGCACGAGCGCAGCUGCCCCAACCAAAUGUCGAACGUCGACAAGACCUGCAAUACGGCGUGGAAUCCGGACGGCAGCGGCAUUCUUUAUCAGGACCUGCCGUUUCCGGUGCACUACGUUAACGACGACGAUUUAGACAGGAUGAAAGCGUGCUUCAGCAAGUUCAACAACUACUCGUACGAGACGCACAGCAAACGGUCGCUGUGCUCGGUCGAGCUCGACGCGUUCAUGUUCGCGUCGACGAACACGCCCACGUGCCGUAGACGUUCGCAGUCGAAGACCAACCUCAAUCCGGUCAAGUUCUGCGAUCCGCUCGGCGGCGAGAACGUGUGGUCCACGCUGUUUCCAAUGGACGACGAGCGAGCGAGGAGCAAGUCCUUUGUGGCGUUGGCGGCGCGUCUCGAUACUACGUCGUUGUUUAACGGAGUGUUUCCGGGCGCCGCCAGCCCGAUUGCCAGUCUGGUCACAUUUCUAAGCACGGCUGAUUACUUAAAACGGAUGGUGCGGGACGUCCAUAAUUACGAAAUGAAUGUACUAUUCUUACUGUUCAACGGCGAAACCUACGACUACAUUGGUUCCCAACGUGUGGUCUACGACAUGGAACGCGGCGAGUUUCCACUGAAGUCUGAGUCGGAGACGAAUCCAAUGCCGCUGAUUCGCGUCAAGGACAUCGAACUUUAUCUUGAGCUAAGCCACCUAUCAAAAGGCGACGGGAUUUUCGUCCACAAUACCGCUGAGAAGAGCGACUUCUUCUCGACGCUACAGUCGAACAACAACUUUUCCAGACUGGAAACCGUCGACGGUUCCAUACCGCCCGCCUCCAUUCACUCGUUCCUGAAGGAGAACGCGAAGCUGCGCGGCGCCGUUAUCGCGAACUACAAAGACGCCUACGUUAACAAAUUUUUCAAUUCGAUCUUCGACAACGUGUCGAACGUCGACUAUCACUACUACAACACAUCCGAUUACUCGACCAUACCCCCCGACAGCAUCCAAAGCUUCACCGCCAAUGUUUCCGAAAUGCUGGCGAGAUCAAUUUAUAGCAAGAUCGUGGGAAGGAAUUACAGUGGCGGCGAGCGGGUCAGAAUUGAACUGGUUGACGAAUUGUACAACUGCUACCUGUUGGACGCCGACUGCAAGGUGCAUCAGGCCGUCCAGAGAAAGAAACUGCGCGAAACUCCCUACAACAGCUACGGCUUGUACGUCGGCGUGACCGUCGUGCCCAAUUUGCUAACGUACGCCAUCGGCCUGACGUUAGCUUGGUUGACCGGAGAUGUGAUGCCAGAUUCGGGUCUGUGCGUCAAAGAAAACCACACGCCUCUCUACCAAUAUUUCAACAUGUCCGAAAGCCUGGACAAUUUAAAUUCGACCCUCUGCUACCGCACCACCAUGAACUUUUCGGAGGCGGUCAGCCCCGCGUUCAUAAUCGACGACUACGACUGGAAGUCGGGCAAAUACAGUUCGUGGAGCGAGUCGACGUGGAAGGACCUGACGGUGCGCAUGUUCCUAAAGCCGGCGCCCGCGCACGAGCGGUUCACGCUCGCGAUCGGCUCGAUCACGAUGAUCAUGUCGAUGAUAGUGAUUUACUUCGUCAAGACACGAGCCGAUGUGCUUUUCGCGACGGCCGAGAAUUGCUCACCGACUAAUUGUUAAGUGUUCCUAAUUUAAGACUAAUUUAUGAUUUCAUUCCGUCAUCACCCUUGUCACUAAAGUAUUAAUAAAGUAUAAUUAUUUAUAA